AAAAAAAAAAAAAAAAAAGUUCAAAGCCACCAUGUCUGCUGCUACUUCGAACCCCGCUGAAGCUGUCCCGACCCCUGCCCCAAUGACAGGUGCUGCUCCCGUACCUGGUCAGGCUGGUCCCGGCGGAGAUGAAGGUCCUGCACCCUUCCAUUCAGCAUCUUUGUAUGUUGGUGAUCUUGUCCCCGACGCUAAUGAAGGUCUUCUGUUUGAGAUCUUCAACGCUGUCGGGCCUGUGGCUUCCAUUCGUGUUUGCCGUGACGCCGUAACUCGUCGUUCCCUCGGUUACGCCUACGUGAACUACCACCAGAUGAGUGACGCGGAACGUGCACUCGAUACGAUGAAUUUUUCGAUGAUUAAGGGCAAGCCUUGCCGCAUCAUGUGGAGUCAGCGUGAUCCAUCUCUUCGUCGUUCCGGAGUUGGAAACAUCUUUGUCAAGAACCUCCACGAGUCGAUUGAUAACAAACAACUGUAUGAUACCUUCAGUCUUUUCGGUAACAUUCUUUCUUGCAAGGUCGUCACCGAUCGUGAAACUGGUCUCUCGAAAGGAUAUGGUUACAUCCACUAUGAAACUGCCGAGGCUGCUGACGCUGCAAUCGACAAGUUGGAUGGAAUGUUGAUUGAUGGACAGGAGGUUCAGGUUGGACAUUUCAUUGGCCGCAACAACCGGCCCAACCAAGACGACUUUACGAACUGCUACGUGAAGAACAUCCCACUGGACUGGGAUGACGACAGACUUAACAAGGAAUUCUCCAAAUUUGGAACUGUUGUGAGUGCCGCAGUUUCAAGGGGAAUCCGCAGGAAGAAAAAGCCUUUCAAGAAGGAAGAAACCAAAGCGAAGGAAAGUGAUGAAGAAAAGGAAGUCGAAAAGAAGGAUGAGGCAAAGGAGGAAUCAAAAGAGGAAGAAGGCGAGAAGAAAAUCGAGUCCCUUGGUUUUGGUUUCGUCAACUUUAUGGACCACGACUCUGCCGUGGCUGCUGUAGAAGGUCUUAACGGGAAAACACACAAGUUUAUGCAGGACGGAGAGGAAGUUGAGCGUGAUUUGUACGUGGGCAGAGCCCAAAAGAAGUCUGAACGUGAACGAGAAAUGCGAGCUAAGUUCGAAGCAGAGAAGAUGGAUCGCAUCUCCAAGUUCCAGGGUGUCAACCUUUACGUCAAGAAUCUCGAUGAUACUGUCACCGAUGAUAUGCUCCGUGAUGAAUUCUCUGUGAUCGGAACUAUCACGUCUGCUCGAAUCAUGAAGGAUAUGGGCAAGGAAGGACGUUCCCGUGGAUUCGGCUUUGUUUGCUUUUCAACUCCCGAAGAAGCUACGCGGGCUGUUAACGAAAUGAAUGGCAAGUUGAUCGUAAACAAACCGAUCUUCGUAGCUUUAGCCCAACGAAGAGAAGUUCGUCGUGCACAACUGGAGGCACAGCACGCUAGCCGUGGUCCUCCACCCCCUGCUGGACAAGCUGGUAUGAUGCGAGGCCCUAUGGGAGGUCCUAUCGGCUACCCGGGUAUGCCGGCCAUGUACAUGGGGCGAACUGGACCCGGGGGCGGUAUGCAACCUGCUUAUCCUAUGGCUAUGCCUCAAAUGAUGGGCCCUGGAGGUCGAGGGGGACAACGACCUGGUGCCUAUCCCAUGAUGGGGCAACCUGGAGGCCGGGGUGCAUACCCCAUGCCAUACGGCGGUGUGAUGCCGGGGCGCGGAGGACGCGGUCCCAUGCAGCCAGGACCUAACCCACGAGGUGGAAGAGGACGUGGUGGUGCCAUGCAAGGCAGAGGUCCGCAAGGUAACCAACAAAUCAAGUUCAACCAACAGGCUCGAAAUGCUGGCAGUGUGCCCACAGGCCCUGCUCAACCGCCUGUUCAGGCAGCCCAGCAAAUGCCUCCUGCUGAAGGCGCCCUCACUGCCAGUGCUCUUGCAUCUGCUUCACCUGAGAUGCAGAAGAACAUGAUUGGAGAGCGAUUGUAUCCUCUUAUCCACCAAUCACAACCUGAUCUUGCAGGUAAGAUUACCGGUAUGCUUUUGGAAAUGGACAACUCUGAGUUGCUCCACCUUUUGGAAAGUCCUGAAGCAUUGAAGGCAAAGAUUGACGAAGCAAUCCAAGUGCUGGAGGCUCAUCAAUCUAGUGAGUAGAUUAUUUAAAAAUUAUGUUUUCAACGAAAAAUAAGCUGCAUUACGAAUC